AUGGAGGCCUCCUGGCUGGAAACGCGAUGGGCGCGGCCUUUAUACCUGGCGUUCGUGUUCUGCCUAGCCCUGGGACUCCUGCAGGCCAUCAAACUCUACCUACGAAGGCAGCGACUGCUGCGGGACCUCCGCCCCUUCCCGGCGCCUCCCACCCACUGGUUCUACGGGCACCAGAAGUUUCUUCAGGAAGAUAAAAUGGAGAAGCUUGAGGAGACUGUUGAAAAGUAUCCUUGUGCCUUCCCUUGUUGGGUUGGGCCCUUUCAGGCAUUUUUCUUUAUCUAUGACCCAGACUAUGCAAAGACAUUUCUGAGCAGAACAGACCCCAAGUCCCAGUACCCAUACAGGUUCAUGACUCCGUGUCUUGGAAAAGGACUCUUGAAUCUAGAUGGGCCCAAGUGGUUCCAGCAUCGUCGACUACUGACUCCUGGAUUCCAUUGUGAUAUCCUGAAAACAUAUGUCGAUAUGAUGGCCCAUUCUGUGAAUACGAUGUUGGAUAAGUGGGAGAAGAUUUGCAGCACUCAGGACACAGCCGUGGAGGUUUUUGAACACAUCAACUUGAUGGCCCUGGACAUAAUCAUGAAAUGUGCUUUCAGCCGGGAGACCAACUGCCAGAUAAAUGGCUCCCUUGAUCCUUAUGUAAAAGCAACGGUUGAACUCCGCAAAAUUAUAUUUUAUCGCAUGUACAAUUUCUGGCACCACCAUGACAUAAUUUUCAAGUUCAGCCCUAAUGGCCACCUCUUCCAAGAGUUAAGCAAAGUGCUACAUCAACACACAGAAAAGGUAAUCCAGGACAGAAAAAAACCCCUCAAGGCUGGAAUGAAGCAGGAUAACACUCAAAAGAAAAAGUACCAGGAUUUCCUGGAUAUUAUCCUUUCUGCCCAGGCUGAAAAUGAAGACAGCUUCUCCAAUGCUGACCUGCGGUCCGAGGUGAACACGUUCAUGUUGGCUGGGCAUGACACCUCGGCCGUGAGCCUCUCCUGGCUCCUCUACUGCCUGGCUCUGAACCCUGAGCAUCAGGAGAGAUGCCGGGAAGAGAUCAGGAGCAUCCUAGGGGACGGAUCUUCCAUCACCUGGGACCAGCUGGGUGAGAUGUCAUACACCACAAUGUGCAUCAAGGAGAUGUUCCGAUUGAUUCCUCCAGUCACGUCCAUUUCCAGAGAACUCAGCAAGCCCCUUACCUUCUCAGAUGGACGCUCCUUGCCUGCAGGAAUCACCGUGGUUCUCAGUAUUUGGGGUCUUCAUCACAACCCUGCUGUCUGGAAAAGCCCAAAGAUCUUUGACCCAUUGAGAUUUACAAAGGAGAAUUCUGAUCAGAGACACCCUUAUGCCUUCUUACCAUUCUCAUCUGGACCAAGGAACUGCAUCGGGGAGCAGUUUGCCAUGCUGGAGUUAAAGGUGGCCAUUGCCUUGAUUCUGCUCCACUUCAAAGUGACUCCAGACCUCACCAGGCCUCCUGUCUUCUCAAACCACAUUAUCCUCAAACCCAAGCAUGGAAUUCAUUUGCACCUGAAGAAAUUCCCCAAGUGCUAG